GACCUGAGUCUGGUGGUUUGCUGAGUGGCAAGCGGCCAAGUGAUGUCUCACAACAUGAACUUCAAGUCAUUGUAAGCAAGGCAUCUGAUGGUCGCUCACUAUUUGGUGAUGGCAUCUCUGCGAGUGAAAUGAUUGAGAAGACCUUUGAAUGGUUUGGCUGCCCGAGCAUCAAU